CCGCUAACUGAAACCUUGGUCUGUGCGCUGGUGCAGAAAUGAGAAUACAUGCUUUUCAGUCAUGUAGCAAUUUUUUUAUUUCUCGCACGUCAAGUGCAUCCCGCUCUCUUGCUAGUCAAAAGUUUCUGGCCUCCGCGGCUUUCAGUCGACUAUACACCGUGUCUCCUGCACGUCGAGAAUUUACCUCGUUCUUUUGCCACAAUCAACAGUGGUCCGCUCACAGUGAUAGGCUAAAGCCUUCCGAUAUAACUCCCAUUGCACAUGCAGUUGCAGAACCAGAUGCAGUUCACGUCACCCCCGCUGGCUUCAAAGAAGUUGAAGUACUCACCCCGAGACGCCUACUGAAGAUUUAUGCGCAGCUUUCCAAGUCACGUUUGACUAUCUUGGUGGUAUUGACUGCAAUGUCAGGCGUCGCUCUCUCACCACUUCCUGCGACGGUCCCAAUUCUUCUCUCCACAGCUUUUGGCACGGCCCUGUGUUCAGCCUCGGCGAAUACUUUGAAUCAAAUUCAAGAAAUACCAUAUGAUGCUCAAAUGGCUCGCACCCGCCAAAGGCCGUUGGUUCGCAGAGCUAUUUCUCCUUUGCACUGCUGCAGGGUUUGCUGCUCAUGUCUAGGAGCAGCCAACAUUGUACUUUAUGCAGCGGCAUACACUUGGUUGAAACGUAAAAGUGUAUCCAACACCUGGGUGGGCGCGGUCGUUGGUGGAAUCCCGCCGGUCAUGGGUUGGACGGCCUGUGGCGGAAAAAUUCUCCCAUCUGCAGAUUACCCGAUUCAUCUUUUCCUUCCUUCGUUCAUCACAGAGGCACCACUAGACAUGUCCAUGAUUGAUAACCCCCUUGGCGCGUUCGCACUAUUCAUGCUUCUUUAUAGUUGGCAAUUCCCUCACUUCAACUCGUUGUCGCACUUUAUUCGAGGUUCCUACGCUCAAGCAGGCUACAAGAUGCUGUGCGUGCUGAAUCCGCAACAGAAUGCUCUCGUGGCUCUCCGCCACUCUUUGCUCCUUGUCCCUAUUUGUUCUAUCUUGUUUCCACUGUCAGGAUUGACUACGUGGGCCUUUGCUAUUACAAGCUUAGUCCCGAACGCAAUUUGCGUUCGUGGUUCUUGGGCUUGGUGGCGGCAUUGUGGAGAAAAGGAAGCAAGGAUAUCAUUUCAAAAUUACCUAUGGUAUCUGCCGGUGAUGCUGGCUCUGAUGAUGGUUCACAAGCAAGGGCUAGAAUGGAGGCGUUGGGUAGGGGUGCAAGACGAGGUGUCGUUGGACGGAGCAGAUAUACUAAAGCAUAAGCUGUCCAAUUAAUCUUGAUAUUGCAUGCCUACAGCCACUGCAAGCUUUCGUCAGAUAAAACUUUCUUUCAAUUCAUUUGCUUGGCCAAGAA